AUGGAGAUAGACUCCAAAGUUGCUGAUGCUUGUUCUGACGCUGGCUGGUUACUGAGGCCAGCUAGAUCUCAAGAAGCUGAAGAGCUCCAGAUACUCCUCUGCUCUGUCCCACUACCGUCGCACUCUCAAUCUCCUGAUACCUACUCCUGGAGAGUGAACGACACUGACAUGGAGUCCUACUCAACUAAGCUCACUUGGGAAUCUCUAAGACCCCGAGGACAGAAGCAAGACUGGGCAGGAAAGGUUUGGUUCAAAGGUCAUGUUCCAAGUCACGCGUUUAUGAUGUGGGUCGCACACUUGGAUAGGCUUCCCACAAGGUCUCGCUUGGCUUCGUGGGGACUCCAAAUUGACACAUGCUGUUGUGUGUGUAACCAUUUCCAUGAAACACGUGAUCAUGUGUUCCUUAGAUGUGAGUAUGCAGAGCAAAUUUGGAAAAUGGCAAUUAGGCGACUGGGAUACAGACCAGUCCUCUUCCACACUUGGGACGCCCUUCUUGCUUGGAUAGAUAUGAGGGUUAGACACUGUCCUUCGACUCUCCGUAAACUAACUGUCCAAGCUAUCCUAUACAGACUUUGGCGUGAGAGGAAUCAGCGGCUGCACAAUGCCUCACCAACACCACCCCAAGUAAGCUUUAAGGAGAUAGACAGACAGAUAAGGAACGCCAUCUUGGCUAGGAAACACCGCAGGAAUUUCAAAAACCUCAUGCAAAUCUGGUUGACUCAUGAGUAA